AUGAGCUUCUUCAAUGCUCAGCAGAACGACGAGGAGAACAGAGGAGAGGAGAGCAGAGCAGCGGAGAGAUUCAUCUGCGGGAUUCAUGUGCGCGGUUCCGUCUGUGUUUGGAGAGAUCCGUACAGCGCCGCAGAGAAGAUGGAUUACUCACUGUCAGUUGUUCGGUGUUGUAAGAAAGACGAGACGGCGACUUCAGUUGAUUAUCUGUCUUUUCUCGGUUAUCCGAUGGAUAUUCACUGUAAGGCAGACCCCUUCUCCGCCAUGCACCGGCACGGGGGAGUGAACCAGCUGGGCGGGGUGUUCGUCAACGGAAGGCCUUUACCUGACGUCGUGCGCCAGAGAAUCGUGGAGCUCGCGCAUCAGGGGGUCCGACCCUGCGACAUAUCCCGACAGCUGAGGGUCAGUCACGGCUGCGUCAGCAAGAUCCUGGGCAGAUACUACGAGACUGGCAGCAUAAAACCUGGAGUCAUCGGAGGAUCCAAGCCUAAAGUGGCCACGCCGAAAGUGGUGGAUAAAAUAGCGGACUACAAAAGACAAAAUCCCACCAUGUUCGCCUGGGAGAUCCGGGACAGGCUGCUGGCGGAGGGCAUCUGUGAUAACGACACCGUCCCCAGCGUCUCCUCCAUAAACAGGAUCAUCCGGACCAAGGUUCAGCAACCGUUUCACCCUUCACCAGACGGGACGUCCCUCUCCACCCCAGGACACACUAUAAUUCCCAGUACAGCGUCUCCUCCAGUCUCCAGCUCCUCCAAUGACCCCGUGGGCUCCUACUCAAUCAACGGCAUUCUGGGAAUCCCUCGAUCCAAUGGAGAAAAGAGGAAAAGAGAUGCCGACGGUUCGGAGGGUUCUGCUCAGAGCAGUGACUCUCAGGGCAGUGUGGAGAGUCUGAGGAAACAUCUGCGAGCCGAUGCCUUCACACAGCAGCAGCUGGAGGCUCUGGACCGAGUGUUCGAGAGACCGGCCUUUCCUGACGUCUUCCCCACAUCUGAACACAUCAAACCAGAGCAGGCGAGUGAAUACAGCCUCCCUGCAUUAAACACAGGCCUGGAUGAAGUCAAACCCAGUUUAUCGUCCAGCGCGACCUCUGAUCUCGGUGCCAGCGUGUCACAGAGCUACCCUGUAGGGCGAGAUAUGGCCAACACAACCUUACCUGGAUAUCCACCUCACGUCCCUCCGACCGGGCAGGGCAGCUAUCCCACAUCCACACUGGCUGGAAUGGUUCCUGGGAGCGAAUUUUCAGGGAAUCCCUACAGCCAUCCACAGUACACCACCUACAAUGAAGCCUGGAGAUUCAGCAACCCAGCAAUACUGAGUUCCCCCUAUUAUUAUAGUGCAUCCAGAGGCUCCGCACCCCCAACUGCUGCCACUGCCUAUGACCGCCACUAGUUACCAUGCCAACCAAAUGACCAGACACGCCCACCAACUCGGACUUCACAUUCUGCCAGUGUGAGCAGAGCAG